CUUGGCUGCCACCAAAGUUACUCCCUGGUCCCCGCUGUCCUUCUGGCCUUCAGUCUGGGCGUGCCGAGGGACCCCUGUAACUCGGUGUCUCCACACGGAGGCCGCAGGAACUCCGGAGAAUUGUUCGCUGCUCCUCAGCUACCUGCGCAUCCCUAACUGUGCAUGGAGCACUGACCUGCCCAGCUCCACUAAGAUGCUCCUGGCCUCUCCCUCCACGCCAUCGAGGGCACGGACCCCCAGCGCCGUGGAGAGGCUGGAGGCCGACAAAGCCAAGUACGUCAAGACGCAGCAGGUGAUAGUACGUCGUCAGGAGCCAGCCCUGCGAGGGGGACCAGGACCGCUGACGCCACACCCUUGCAAUGAGCUGGGGGCCUCUGCAUCACCCAGGACGCCGGGGCCUGCCCGCCGGGGUAGCGGCAGGCGACAGCCAAGGCCUGACUCCCUCAUCUUCUACCGCCAGAAGCGGGACUGCAAGGCUUCGGUGAACAAAGAGAACGCCAAGGGCCAGGGGCUAGUACGACGCCUCUUCCUGGGCGCCUCCCGGGAUGCUGCCCCGAGCAGCCCGGGACCUACAGAGAGACCCGCGGCUCCUGCGGGCUGGGCUGGGUCCCCGGAUGCUCCGGAGGCGACAGGGAAGAGAGCGUUGUGUCCCACGUGCUCGCUGCCCCUGUCGGAGAAGGAGCGCUUCUUCAACUACUGCGGCCUGGAGCGCGCGCUGGUGGAGGUGCUGGGCGCCGAGCGCUUCUCCCCGCAGAGCUGGGGCGCCGAGCACAGCCCGCAGGUCGCCACGUCGCCGCCGCCGGGCUCCGGGGACACCAGCGAUUGGACAUCCAGCGACGGGGACGCGGGCAGCCGGGACUGUGCGGGAGGCGGCGGUGGCGGCGGCGGCUCGGAGGCGGCGGGGUCCGCGCGGGACGGACGCCCCUCGGUGUCAGUGGUGGAACGCAACGCGCGCGUCAUCCAGUGGUUGUACGGCUGCCAGCGCGCGCGCGCCCCGCCGCGCGAGUCCGAGGUGUGAGCAUCACGGCCCCCGAGACGGCUCCCGGAGAGCUCGCCGCGUCCGUGAACAAACCCUUUGCCUAGAUCUGUUUUCCCCAUCUGCACCCUGAGCAGGCGGGACCCCGAGGGCCAGGCGCAGAUUAAGGAAAGGGGUGGGGUGGGGGGUAACGUAGCCUUUCUGGAGGCUGAAUGUGAGCAGCGAUGGACUGGGGUGGGUGGGAGAUGAACGAACUACUGAAUAAAGCUAAAAUAUUAUUUAAUAAAGGGAUCGUGAGUGUGGCUCUGCGGGCAGAGGUUGGGGAAAGGGGAGGACUGGUCUGCGUGGCUGAGUGUGUGGGUUGUGAGUGUGGGUUCCAGGCUGAGUGUGACCUUGGCCAAGCACUCCGCUUUUCUGGGUUAUUAAAGGCGUAAAUAGCGUCCUGGAGUAGUUGUAAUGCAUAUGGCAAAUGUACCUGGAAUAUAGAAAGUGUUCAAUAAACGUAGCUUGCUUGAG